CCUAUAUUAAUGGGGUUUUUUGUAAACACUUUUUUUGAAAACUCCUAUAUUAUGGGUUAAUAUAGAAAAUAAUAAAAAUAAAUAAAAACUCAAAAGCCAACGUAAAUAGUCAAAAACCAUUGUUUUUGGUUUUUAUGUUAAAAAAACAGUUAUUUGAAAAAACUAGUUUCUCUACAUUUUAGGGAAUCCAUUCUUUGAAAAUCUUGAUUGGGUGUAAAAUGGAUUUUGAAAAAAACAAAAACCAAAAACUAAUCUAAAAACUACAAACAAUCAAGAAUGAAUUAAAAAUAAAUAUAUUAUAUAUUUUGAAGAGUUAUUAUUUCAACGCCAUAGCACAUGAAACCAUUUUGUUGUUGUUGUUGUUUUUGUUUGUUGUUUGUUUAAGAAAAAGUAAAGAGAGAGAAAAAAUCCUCCGACCUCUCUCUAGAAAAGAUUUUUGGAAUCGCGAUCUCCGACCGGCGGUGUGGUUUCUCUGUACCACCGUCGGUCGGGAAAAGUUGUUUUAUGGCGACGUUUAAUCUUCGAUUCUCGUGUUCUCUUCCCGGCAUGGACGGCUCCGGCGGUGUUGCAUGUCCGGCCCCUGCUCCGGUGUCGCAUCUUUCGAUUGAUGGGCGACCGGCUUUGACUCCGGAGACCACACCUUCUUCUUCGGUGAUGGUCUGUCGGCACUUAGCUUUUCUGUUAGUGUUGGUUGUUUUAUUUCUGGGUUUAAUCGGUCUUUGCUUGAUUUCUUUAAUCCGUGGGGCUGGUUUUAAUCUCGGAUUUGGUGGCUUGGAGGCUGUGGAUGAGAUCUCGAAUUGAUCGAUGAUGCUCUCCGCUUAAGGAUUCCAGGCACUGAAGGGUUGUGAUGCAGUUUCUAGUUUCCGGUGUGUUUACCGGCGCCGUUUAGUUUCUCCGGCGUGCUCUCUAGGGGUGAGGAAAGUGGAAGGCCUGGAUGACGCGUGUACCUCGUUUGGUUGAGGGCUAACCACGUGUCAUAUUCUCGAUAAGAAUCUCGACGUAUGUUUGUCGAGUGUUGUUGUUUGGUCAACGUUUAGUGUUACUGGGCUUCGAAGCCCAACUGUUAUCUCUUUUACUUUGUGCUAUAGUUUAAGUUUUGUAUCAGUUGUAUGUUUUUUGAAUGGCCCUUGUACUAUGUGGGCUUUGGCUUUUUAAUAAAAUAAGAUGGCAAAAAAAAAAAAAAAAGAAACCAUUUUGUUUAGGAUAUAAUCAUAUAAGCUAAGAGUUUUGUAAAUACAGAACUACGGAGAGUAGGUUUUACAGAAGGUAUUCCGUAUUUCAUAGUUUCCUAUUUAUAAAAAUAAACCUUAUUUUGUACAGAGAUAUACUUAUGUCUUUAGUCAUGUACUUCGUCAAUUUUCAUGGUACGGGUAUGUAUAUAUAUAUAAAGAAAUUAAUUUCCUUUUUCUAUCAAGCCAAGAUUUAAAACAAUUAGUCAAUUACAGAGAAUUGGUCAAGCAUAAUACAUUUAACCACUUGUCAAACAAUAUAUGACCAUUUCUAUGCAAGAUAUUUAAUAUGGUUUGAAUUAAUUAGUAAACUUAUAAUUCUGGUCGCAUGUAAAUUUGUGGUAACUAAACGAUUAAUAGCAAAGAUAAGUCAUAGCCACACAGUUCUUAUAUAAGGACACAUUAAUUAGAUAAACGUGAAGUUGCCCCCAAUAAAAGUUGAAUGUGAAGUUCUCAACCUCUAUAAUAUCCCGCAAUUUAACAUCAGAUUGUCAGAUGGGUCUUCUCCUUGUUUGAACUGCGUAUACCUGAUCUUGUCAUUUCAUUUUCGAUAUAUAUAGAGAGAGGGAGAGAGUGUGAAAAUGGUGGGGCAAUGGUGGAAAGAAGAUGAUGAAAAGGUGGUGAUCCGAUGCUACAAUGAUCGUAGGGACAGAACUGAAAUGGAUUGUGUGGAAAAAAGUUGUGAGAUUGGUAACGACCAAACUUUUCUCUUCACAGACACAUUAGGCGAUCCCAUUUGCAGAAUCCGGAACACUCCUCGCUUCAUUAUGCUGGUGGCAGAAGUUAGGAACAAGCUGGUUGGUUCCAUACAAGGGUCGGUAAAGCCAGUUAAGUUGCAAGAUAAGUCAGUGAAUGUGGGUUACGUUCUUGCUCUUAGAGUCAUGCCGCCGUAUCGACGCCAUGGCAUUGGUUCGAUUCUCGUGAGAAAGCUUGAGGAAUGGUUCAUGUCUCACAAUGCUGACUAUGCUUACAUGGCCACCCAAAAGGACAAUGAGGCCUCUCUCGGUCUCUUCGUCGGAAAACUUGCCUAUGUCAUCUUCAGAAACCCGGCAAUUCUGGUUAAUCCGGUAAACCCCAGAGGUUUGAAACUACCUUCUGAUAUUGGAAUAAGGAAGCUAAAGGUGAAAGAAGCUGCGUCAUGGUACCGGAAACACGUAGUAUCAAAGACAGAUUUUUUCCCGGACGACAUAGUCAAAAUCUUGCGGAACAAGUUAAGUAUAGGGACAUGGGUAGCUUAUUACAAGAACAACGACAAGAUCAUAAGUUGGGCUAUUCUUAGUGUAUGGAACAGUAGCAAAGUAUUCAAACUUAGGAUUGGCAAAGCUCCUUUGAGCUUUGUGAUUCUCACCAAAGUUUGCAACUUCAUCGGUAGAUUCUUGCCGUUUUUAGGCUUAACGGCGUUGCCAGAUCUGUUUACGCCGUUUGGGUUCUAUUUCCUUUACGGUGUGCACGCGGAAGGUCCGUUACGUGGGAAACUCGUUAGGGCAUUGUGUGAGCACGUUAGUAACAUGGCUGCUUUAGAUGACGGUGGGGAGUGUAAGGUCGUGGUGGUAGAGGUCGACGGAGAAAGCAACGGCAGUGAUUAUUCUCUGAGGAGAUGUGUUCCUCAUUGGAAAAUGCUUUCGUGUGAUGAUGACACAUGGUGCAUCAAACCGUUGAAACGUGAAGAGAAUACGACUAGUUUGAAUGACUUUACCAAUAUGUUCCUGAAUUCAAAAUCGCGCUGUCUCUUUGUGGAUCCAAGAGAUGUGUAGUUAAGCUAGCUAGGAAAAUUGGCUGCAUGUUUGGCUGAUAACUUACAGAAUAGAAAAAUAUAUGAAAUUAUUUCGCUAUCUCGUAAAUUAUACUAAUGACAUAAUAUUAAUGAUGCUACUCCAUGACAUUAUGGUCUUUAAUCAGAUGCUAAACGCGCUUGAAUGGCAACCGCCAAAUGCCCAACUGUCGAAAGCAUACAAAAUUAACACUCAUCAAUCAACAAAACACAAUCAAACCCCAUCGACUCACAAAACGUUAAGAUCUUUAAUCUAUGAAUCCAAGACAUCUUGUGGGGUUCGAGUUCUUCUCUGCAUUUUGUUUGGCGCAUGACAUCGCGGGAGAAAUGGACCCUAGUUAAUUAUUAUUUUUGUCUUGAUUCGAGAACAAAGGUGUGAUAGUUUAGGUAAUCAUCGUUCUCCAUAUAAAAUCUGAAAAAGAUUUCCUCAAGUAGGUGCCACCAUUUGUUGUCCUUGGCAUUCUUAUUAUCUAGUUUGAGAGCUGUAAAGUAGUUAAAGAAUAGUCAUUUUCCAUAUGUAUUUUAUUUAAUGAAUAAAUUUUGUUUUGAAUCAGAUUGUAAUCAUAAAAUUUUGUAAUGUAGAUAUCUCAAUAUUAAAUGAAAUUAAUACGAAGGAGAUUGGUCGUGCCGGUUAUGUGGUCCUUUAUGUUCCCUUUUCAUUAGGUUUAGAACCAAAUUUUUAUUGAUGGGCCGUCCUUUAAUUUAAAGAUAGAUAUAACUCAUUCCCUGAUAAGUCGAAUUACUCCAUGUGAUACAUUCAUAUGGCUCCCACAAUUUUAUUGACGUUUACCUUUUUAUGUAUUUACUCUUACUGGCUGGAAUAUGAUGAACUCAUUAUAUAUUAACUGAGAAAUUCUAUGACAUGUGACAUAUGUUGUGUGUAAUCACUAUAAUUCUUAUUAGAGUUUUAGAGAAAUAAAUUGCUUCAUCUA